AGUUUUAACCCGUACAUGGAAAAGUGUCUUCACAUAGGUAUCCAGACAACAACGGGCUACUUUUGUGGAUUUUUACAAUUGUGCUCGGGAAACAAAACUCUCCGGUUAGUUGAAAGAGGAAGGGACAACUUGACGAAACUUGGAGACGUUUGUCCCGUACUGAGAGGGCUGUUUUCCGCAUACACUGGCCGGCCAUAGUACCGUGAGAAACUUCCAUCUUCAAAGACUGUGGACUGGUUUUUGACUGUGCAUUUAAAGCGGCGGAUCUAAGUUAGCUUGGGACAGGCCAGAGGAAACUGUGGAGUUUUGUGGGUUAGAUAGCAGUGUUGGCUGUGAUAGCAGAGACAGAAGCGGAGUUAUCGAGCGGCACGGCCUGUGUUAAGGCUGUGUUUAUAUGAGGCCAUGGUACAGCGGGCCGUGUACGCAGAAACCACGCUCGCCUCUUAGACUAGGUCAGCGGCUGCUCGCUUGGCGGUAAGGCCCGUGAGCGCGGCUCUACGAGCCCGUCUCGUCGUUCAGAUCCCCUAGCUUGCCAGAGUCAGAUAAUUUACAGUGUUUAAUAGUUUUUCUGGCGACUGGGGAAGGCUUUUUUAACUACUUGAGACACGUUGUUUUUCUACUCUCGAGUACAAGAUAGGAGUACAUAUGAGUUACCCAUGGGUAAGAAGGCUACAAUAGCCUAGAAGUGAAAAAGCGGUCAUUCAUAUCUGCGCUGGCUGUAGAAGUUCACGAUUAUCGACUGACAGCCGGACUCCAGCCGGACUGCGGGAGCAGCACGGGGAAUUUACCUGAGACGCCAGCCGGAGUCCCGCAGCAGCCGUGGGUGGAAGCUGGCAGCCGUAUUACCGUGCUGUGACAGGUGUUUUAACAAGCGAUCAGUGGCCCAGCUUAUAAUGCCAACUUAAGUGGGAAUUGAUACACAGUAAUCCAAUGGAGCCACCAUUAGGGAUUUUCUUUGCCCUCGUCCACUGUGCUGUGUAUGUGCUGGGCGAAAUCCGGUGUUACUGUAACGAAUCUGGUUGUGUGAGUACAGGCUACAUGUGUAAAUCCAGUCUAGGCAAGUGCUAUUCCAUGCUUACCUACGAGGGGGACAUCACACACUCUGUGCACGGGUGUUUAGACUCUGUCAAAACGGAAGAUCGAAACCUCUGCAGCGGAGACAGAGAACUUAUGAAAAGGAAGAAAUCGGCCGACUGGCCAGUGUUGUUGUGUUGCAAGGACGAUAUGUGUAAUUAUAUAGACAGUCUGGACAUAAACAUUGUCGUCAAUACCAAAUCAAACGGGAGUAUACAAAGAGGUCAAAAAGCCAGACCGUCGUCUACUUCAGGCAAUCGUCACGUGAUCCACACGGGAAAAGUCGAGGAGAAAAAUAGUGACAAAGACGUAUGGUUUAAAGCUGCUGUGAUAGCAGUUCCCAUCGCUGGAGGUUUUAUUCUGAUUUUAUUGGUGCUUUUAGCUGUGCGCAUGCUCAGAACUGAUACGAGGCGACACAGAAGACUUCUACAAAUCCGCCGAGAGCGGAGUCUCACGCGAGCCCAGCUUUAUGUCUCCGAUCAUUUUUGUUCCAAAAGUGAGAAGAAAAACUCAAAGCAUUUAUAUUCGUCACAAAACCACCAUAACAAUGCUGUGUACAAAGACGUUAAUAUUCAACUGGAGAAAGAAAAACUUUACCCUGAGAAAACGCGGGAAAAGAAACCGCCAAGUAAACCGCACAACUCCGUAAUUGUUUGGGGAAAGACUGCUAAAAGUGAUGUGGCCACAGUCGUAUAGUGAAACUAUAGGCACGCUGUGCGCACAUUUUGUUGUUUGCUAUGUUGUUUGAAGAGCACUGUGUAUAUGUAUAUAUGCGGCAUAGGACUUUGGGGAAAUUUUUUUUUGUUGUUUUUCCUUCCUUAUUUGUACAGACUGGCAAAGAUGCCGCUUAUUUUAUUAUAUAUAAAACUGAUAUAUUUAUUGUCCAAAUAAAUGAGGAAAUAAUU